AUGUACAAACCGAAUUCCCUUUGGACGUGGUCCUUUGCCAUCGUCACAUUAGUUCAAACCGUCAUCACCCUUGCUCUGCAAUGCUAUAUCUUCGCAAACUUCCAGCUCCAACUCACAGCCGAAGCCGAACUUGUGACCUCCUCUAAAACAAUCCCAACUUUCCUUGCACUGUACAGUUUCGGAUUUCUCUACGAACUAUUCCUCGUGUACGACGCUUUGCGCCUCAAAAAUACCAUUCAGGUUAUUGGAUUGUGUUUGUGCAAUAUUGGACUGUUGGUUUAUGGCGCAGUUCAGGUUCAGCAGAUCAAGGAAGCUGUGACAGUCCUAACGGAUAAUGAUGCAGUCAACCCUGACAUCUGGGCCGAAACUCAACCGUUCCUUAUCAUUAUUCCGAUCGUUGUGGCCAUGGGUAGUGUGCUGAUGAUGAUCGUCGCCUGGAAGCUUUAUGAUGAAUUCGCAUGGUCCAUCUACAAGCACAUCAGCGCUGAUCUGCGCAUGAAGCGUCGUUAUCUAACGUACCAGAUUUACAUCGCGCUGCUUAAGUUCGACCUUUUCUUCUUCCUCGGUUUCACGAUCCAAUUCCUUGUCAUUGUUACGAACAGAAAAGACACAGAAUUUGCCCUUACCAUUGCCGCCAUACCGGUUACAAUCCUUAUCCUCCUCUGUGCAGCAUUAUUCGUGAAGCGUGAGAGCUCGAUAGGAAUGAUCGCCAUUAUUCUUCUUUAUUUCGCAGCCAUGGCGUACUUCCUCUUCAAGCUGGUUCGUAUGUAUCAACCAGCAACCGCCAAUGACUAUUCAACUGCCCGACGAUCUCUGACAUUCUUUGCCAUCAUUACACUGAUAUUGAUCGUGAUGACAAUUAUCAAUGCCUGCGUGUGCAUGCACAACUUCCACAGGGGGCUGAAGCCUCACAUCAACAAGAAAAAGAAGGGCAAGGAUGGGGAAAAGGGCUCUACGGAGCUGUCGAACGUUGCCGGUCAGGUGCCCACCCGAAUGAUGAUCGACUAA